CUUCGUUCGCUUCACUCAAAACGCUCCAAAAACCCAACCUCAACUCUCCUGUCGGAGAUGGCGUCGCACCUCUGCGACUCGCCGUUGCUAUACCACCGCCCUUCGAUCUCGCUCUCAGCUUCUCAGUUCGUGAUCGCUGAUGGAAAAUCCCGGCGGCAGAACCGCCGCGUGAGCUCACCGUUUUGGGGUGCCAAAUUCGAUUCCGGUGCGGGUUUGGGGAAACCUGGAUGUAGCUGCUCGCAGAGACGGCGGAAGAGGAGCUUGAGCGUGAGUGCUUCACUGGGUGGUCUUCUGACUGGGAUUUUCAAAGGGACUGAUACUGGAGAGUCGACGAGGCAGCAAUACGCCUCCGUCGUCGCUUCCGUCAAUCGGAUAGAACCGGAGAUCGCGGCCUUGUCGGAUUCGGAGUUGAGGGGAAGGACUGAUGCGUUGAAGCAGCGUGCUCAGCAAGGGGAAUCCUUGGAUUCCCUCUUGCCUGAAGCAUUUGCUGUUGUAAGAGAGGCUUCCAAGAGGGUUCUCGGACUCCGACCUUUCGAUGUGCAGUUGAUAGGUGGCAUGGUUCUUCACAAAGGAGAAAUAGCUGAAAUGAGAACUGGUGAAGGAAAGACCCUUGUCGCUAUCUUACCAGCGUAUUUGAAUGCAUUAAGUGGGAAGGGUGUUCAUGUGGUAACAGUCAAUGAUUAUCUGGCUCGGCGUGACUGUGAGUGGGUUGGUCAAGUUCCACGUUUCCUUGGAUUGAAGGUUGGCUUAAUCCAACAGAACAUGACACCUGAACAAAGAAAGGAAAAUUACUUAUGUGACAUCACUUAUGUCACGAAUAGUGAGCUUGGUUUUGAUUAUCUAAGAGACAAUCUUGCCACGAAUGUGGAGGAGCUUGUCUUGAGGGAUUUCAAUUAUUGUAUUAUUGAUGAGGUGGAUUCCAUACUUAUUGAUGAAGCAAGGACUCCUCUAAUUAUCUCUGGGCCUGCAGAGAAACCUAGUGACCGAUAUUAUAAAGCUGCAAAGAUUGCUUCAGCCUUUGAGCGGGAUAUACAUUACACUGUUGAUGAAAAGCAGAAGAGUGUCUUACUUACUGAACAGGGUUAUGAAGAUGCAGAAGAAAUUUUAGAUGUAAAAGAUUUAUAUGAUCCUCGUGAACAAUGGGCAUCAUAUGUUCUUAAUGCCAUUAAGGCAAAAGAGCUCUUUCUCAGAGAUGUGAAUUAUAUCAUUCGGGGAAAGGAGGUGCUUAUCGUGGAUGAAUUCACUGGUCGCGUAAUGCAGGGAAGACGCUGGAGUGAUGGACUUCAUCAAGCAGUUGAGGCAAAAGAAGGCCUGCCGAUUCAGAAUGAAACCGUAACACUGGCAUCAAUCAGUUAUCAAAAUUUCUUUCUCCAGUUCCCAAAACUUUGCGGAAUGACUGGCACUGCAUCCACAGAGAGUGCAGAAUUUGAGAGCAUAUACAAGCUCAAAGUUACAAUCGUACCCACAAAUAAGCCCAUGAUAAGAAAGGAUGAGUCAGACGUGGUUUUCAGGGCAGUCAAUGGCAAAUGGAGGGCAGUAGUUGUGGAGAUUUCAAGAAUGAACAGAACAGGUAGGCCUGUGCUAGUUGGUACAACCAGCGUUGAGCAGAGUGAUGAACUGUCUCAACUGUUGCAGGAAGCUGGAAUACCUCAUGAGGUCCUUAACGCAAAACCAGAAAAUGUGGAGAGAGAAGCAGAAAUUGUAGCACAAAGUGGUCGUUUAGGAGCAGUGACAAUUGCCACAAACAUGGCUGGGCGUGGGACAGAUAUAAUUCUUGGUGGUAAUGCAGAAUUUAUGGCACGGUUGAAGCUCCGUGAGAUACUAAUGCCAAGAGUAGUAAAGCCAAAUGAUGGUGUUUUCGUAUCUGUAAAAAAGGCCCCUUCUAAGAAGACAUGGAAGGUGAGUGAGAAGUUAUUUCCUUGCAAACUGUCAAACGAGAAAUUAAAGCUCACAGAGGAAGCUGUACAAUUAGCUGUGAAGGCUUGGGGGCAGAGAUCAUUAACUGAGCUUGAAGCAGAGGAACGGCUUUCCUAUUCUUGUGAAAAGGGUCCUGCCCAAGAUGAAGUCAUUGCUAAACUGAGGAGUGCCUUUCAUGAAAUAGCUGAAGAGUAUAAGGUCUACACCGACGAAGAAAGGAAGAAGGUCGUAGAAGCUGGUGGACUCCAUGUAAUUGGGACAGAGCGGCAUGAAUCACGCCGAAUAGACAAUCAGUUGCGUGGCCGAAGUGGCCGGCAAGGAGAUCCUGGAAGUUCCCGAUUUUUUCUCAGCCUUGAAGAUAACAUCUUCCGCAUUUUUGGUGGGGAUCGGAUUCAGGGUUUGAUGCGAGCAUUUAGAGUCGAAGACUUGCCCAUUGAAUCCAAGAUGCUUACGAAAGCUCUAGAUGAAGCUCAGCGAAAAGUAGAGAACUACUUCUUCGACAUCCGCAAGCAACUAUUUGAGUAUGACGAGGUUCUCAAUAGCCAGAGAGACCGUGUUUAUACAGAGAGAAGGCGUGCUCUUGUGUCAGACAAUCUCGAGUCUCUAAUUAUCGAAUAUGCUGAAUUGACAAUGGACGACAUUUUAGAGGCGAAUAUCGGUCCUGAUACUCCAAAAGAAGCAUGGGAUCUUGAAAAACUCAUCGCCAAGCUGCAGCAGUACUGCUAUCUAUUGAGUGAACUCACUCCAGAUGUGCUAAGAAGUCAAGGAUCAACCUAUGAGGAACUGCAAGACUACCUCCGUACCUGUGGUCGUGAUGCAUACUUGCAGAAAAGAGAAAUAGUAGAGAAACAAGCACCGAACUUGAUGAAAGAAGCGGAAAGAUUCCUAAUAUUGAGCAACAUUGACCGGCUGUGGAAAGAACACCUACAAGCCCUCAAGUUUGUACAGCAGGCGGUCGGGCUAAGAGGAUAUGCACAACGUGAUCCACUUAUCGAGUAUAAGCUCGAAGGAUACAAUCUCUUUCUUGAGAUGAUGGCCCAGAUUCGAAGAAAUGUCAUAUACUCCAUAUAUCAGUUUCAGCCGGUGCUGGUUAAGAAAGAUCAGGACAAAUCUCAGAACGGAAAGCCAAGCGAAAGAACAGAGAAUGGAAGAGAGAAACCUGAUGUUGUUGAGUCAUCAUCAUCUGUUGCCAGUGCAUAACACAGUUUGGCAACAAUGGCUUUGGAAGUGGUACAAAGAACAGAACAGAACACAUCAAAUGUUUCUGGAUACAAAGGGUGAAGUUUUGUUAGGAAAAGAGAGGUACGUUGUAUAGAUACGGUGAAGGCAAAACAACUAAGUUUUGUGAUAUCUCAUUCAUAUGAUCACGUGUACAUAUUGUAUUAUUAUCAUUAUUGCUUUGAUAGUAUCCUUACGUGGCUUGCAAGAAAUCUUUUCACA